UGACUCCGACACAGAAAGGAAGAGAGAGAGAGAGAGAGAGGUUUCUUAAUUCGGAAUCGGAGUCGGAGUCUCACCAACACACUUUGAAGUGUGUCAACAACAAUGGCAAAGAGCAAUGAAGAAUCUUGCUCGAAUCUGAAUGCGACGAGCAAGCCACCAUUGAAGAAAACAAAGACACUUGCACAACAAUCUUCUCUCAAUCUCAGAGUCUCCGUUGACAAUGCUUCAUCCUCUUCUUCAGCUUCAUCUUCAACCACUCAAACUAAAACCGAUUUCUCUGACCAACAAUGGAACUACCCUUCUUUCCUUGGCAUUGGUAGCACCUCCAGAAAAAGAAGACCAUUACCACCACCCAAACCUAAUUCCAACACCCUUCCUCCCCUCUCCGAUUUCCAUCAUCCCAACCCUAAAACCUCACUUCUUCCACCUUCCUCUUCCUCUUCCUCUUCUCCAUCCAUCACCACACAACAACAGCGACAACAACACUACAUCUUCUAUCUCCUUAUUAUCACUUGUAUUAUUUUUGUACCCUAUUCCGCUUAUCUACAAUUUAAGCUUGCUAAACUCAAGGAUUUUAAACUUGAACUGUGUUGUCAGAUUGAUUUGUGUUCUGGGAAUGGAAAAACAUCUAUACAAAAAGAUGUUGACGAUGAUGGAAGCUCAUUUUCUUAUUAUAUCUUGAAUGCAGAUAGUAGAACAAUUGCUCUGUAUAUUGUGUUGUUCACACUUGUUUUGCCUUUUGUUUUGUACAAAUAUCUUGAUUAUCUUCCUCAAAUGAUUAAUUUCUUGAGGAGAACAGAUAGUAAUAAGGAGGAUGUACCAUUAAAGAAGAGAGUUGCUUAUAUGGUUGAUGUAUUUUUCUCCAUAUAUCCUUAUGCAAAGUUGCUUGCACUUCUCUUUGCGACUCUCUUUCUUAUAGGAUUUGGUGGUUUAGCAUUGUAUGCGGUUACUGGUGUUAGCUUGGCCGAAGCACUUUGGCAUUCUUGGACUUAUGUAGCUGACUCGGGAAAUCAUGCUGAAACAGAAGGAACCGGCCAGAGAAUAGUUUCCGUCUCAAUUAGCUCAGGUGGAAUGCUUAUAUUUGCCAUGAUGCUUGGCCUUGUUUCGGAUGCGAUAUCAGAGAAGGUAGAUUCGCUUAGAAAAGGGAAGAGUGAAGUGAUUGAAAGAAACCAUAUACUCAUCCUUGGUUGGAGCGACAAAUUGGGUUCACUUUUGAAACAGCUAGCAAUAGCAAAUAAGAGUGUUGGUGGUGGCGUCAUUGUGGUGCUUGCAGAAAAGGAAAAGGAGGAAAUGGAAAUGGAUAUAUCAAAGCUGGAAUUUGAUUUCAUGGGGACGUCUGUAAUAUGUAGAAGUGGCAGCCCACUUAUACUGGCUGACCUAAAGAAGGUUUCAGUUUCAAAAGCACGAGCAAUCAUUGUUUUAGCUUCAGACGAAAAUGCAGAUCAGAGUGAUGCACGUGCUUUGAGAGUUGUUCUUAGUUUAACUGGUGUAAAGGAGGGCUUAAGGGGGCAUGUUGUUGUGGAGAUGAGUGACCUUGACAAUGAACCCCUAGUGAAACUUGUUGGUGGAGAACUCAUUGAAACAGUUGUUGCACAUGAUGUAAUUGGACGCUUGAUGAUUCAGUGUGCUCUGCAGCCUGGCCUUGCACAGAUAUGGGAGGAUAUUCUGGGAUUUGAGAAUGCCGAGUUUUACAUAAAAGGAUGGCCCGAACUGGAUGGUCUUCAUUUCAAAGACAUAUUAAUUUCAUUUCCUGAUGCAAUACCCUGUGGUGUUAAGGUUGCUGCAGAUGGGGGGAAGAUUAUCAUAAAUCCAGAUGAUAGUUAUGUUCUGAGAGAUGGCGAUGAAGUCCUUGUCAUAGCUGAGGAUGAUGACACCUAUGCUCCAGGUCCUCUGCCAGAGGUAUGCAAGGGCUAUUUCCCCAGGAUGCGUGAACCCCCUAAAUAUCCAGAGAAGAUAUUAUUUUGUGGCUGGCGCCGUGACAUUGAUGACAUGAUCAUGGUUUUAGAAGCAUUCUUGGCCCCUGGUUCAGAACUCUGGAUGUUCAAUGAAGUUCCUGAAAAGGAAAGAGAGAGGAAACUUGAGGCUGGUGGACUUGACGUUUUUGGGCUAGAGAACAUAAAGCUUGUCCACAGGGAGGGAAAUGCUGUCAUUAGGCGACACCUGGAGAGUCUUCCAUUGGAGACUUUUGAUUCUAUCCUUAUUCUUGCAGAUGAGUCAGUGGAGGAUUCUGUUGCUCAUUCUGAUUCAAGAUCCCUAGCUACCCUUCUGCUCAUUCGUGAUAUACAGGCGAGACGCCUACCAUAUAGAGACACAAAGUCAACUUCUUUGAGGUUAUCUGGGUUCUCUCACAACUCAUGGAUCCGUGAAAUGCAGCAAGCUUCGGAUAAAUCAAUUAUAAUUAGUGAAAUUUUGGAUUCUAGGACUAGAAAUCUAGUUUCUGUGUCCAGAAUCAGUGAUUAUGUAUUAUCUAAUGAGUUGGUUAGCAUGGCACUAGCUAUGGUGGCUGAAGACAAGCAAAUCAACCGUGUUCUUGAGGAAUUAUUUGCGGAGGAGGGGAACGAGAUGUGCAUUAAACCAGCUGAGUUCUACUUAUUUGACCAGGAGGAACUCUGUUUUUAUGAUAUAAUGAUUAGGGGUCGUACAAGAAAUGAGAUUGUUAUAGGGUAUCGCCAGGCCAGCCAAGAACGUGCUAUUAUCAACCCUUCAGAAAAGUCAGUGACAAGAAAAUGGUCUCUUGAUGAUGUUUUUGUUGUUAUUGCCCCAGGUGAUUGACAGAAGGAACAGUACCCUUCUUGAGUGUUCUGCCUACAAUAUGAUGUCUUCAAUCUUCACGGUUCAUGCCUACACUAUGACGGCCCUUCCUUUUUCCUCCCCAUUUAACUUCCCAAAAGGUACUGCUGGCAGUGGCAGCUAGUUAACUGUUGAUAACUUGAUAGCAGCUGGGUUUUUGAAGACUCCUAAAACUUGGAAGUAACGAAAAUUUUGCCUGUUCUACAAUUUCUCUAGAUAUUGGGUUAAUCAAGUUAUUUAGUGUGGAUUAUUGUAUUAUAUUUGUAACAUCACUGUAACUUGUAAAAUAAUCUUUCAUAAAUAGACUAGGUGACUAGGGACAAGUUAAAGUUGCGGAUCAUAGCACAUAUUUAGAAACUUAGCACUCACAUAAGAUGCGGGACUGAUUUGAAGAGGUCCAUAUAUGAAAUUCACGUAUGUUUCUUUUCAUAUUGAGUUAGCAGGAGCUUGAAACAAAAAAACAAAAAUGUAGUGAUAUUUCAUGUUAGUUGAACUCCAUGUUUAAUCCUAUAACAAUUUCAAUCGAA